AUGUUUGACGAUCAGUUUAACAGUCAAAUUAAUCAUAUCAAACCGAAUGUGGAUGCAAUAUCAAAUGAAUAUUUCCUCCCAAUAGAACCGAAUCAUGCGCUAUCAUUUACAAUGAAUUUUCCUCAAAGGUAUCAUGUUCACAUGAAGCAGAAAAAACCGUGUGUCAAUGAAUUGCAACAUUGUCAAAAUAAACAAUUCAAACCGGUACAACAAACAUACAGUGCAUGUUUAACUAAUUCAUGUGAUGAUGGAAUUGAUUCUCAACUACCUGUUUCAGAAUCGCUACUUCCACCACAUCCACCACAACGUGAAUUAUCUAAUUAUUGUGGUCAUCUUGUUACCGAUCCAAAUUCAUGUCUGAAUUGUAUAGCCACAAUGUAUGGUCCACAAUAUGCUCCAUUUGCUGCUUUUAUGGACAUAUUUAAUGAUUUUGCUUCUGAACAAAAAUCUCUACUAGCAAAACAUAAUCAUAUUAUGGAAAGUUAUUUUCAACAUCGAAUAGAUAAAGAUGGAAAAACAGAUGUCAUGAGUGAAAAAGAAUUAGAUAGUAUAUUGAAAACGGGCUUGUUUACAAAUGGAGAAGCAAUAUUAUAUUUUGUUUCUGCCGGCACAAUACUGAUAUUAUCAUCAAUCUCAUAUUGGAUAGCAAUAUCAGAUCGAUCGUUGAAAAUCAUAUUUUUGGGUGCUCUUUUCAAUAUGAUUGCUUUAGUGUUAGCUAUUGUAUUUAGCACCGCGCUAUUUGCAAAUUUAAGUAGAUUAAAACUGAAUUUUUUAUCAACAUUAAAAGCCUCAUAUAAGUGUUGCGGCAGCGAUCCAACUAUCUUAUUCGAUCAAAGUCCUGAUUUUAAAAUACUUUAUCCAACUUGGCGUAUACCACAAUCAUGUUGUCAACUUGCUGCAACGUGUCUUCCUAGUGUACCAUCAUCGAAUAACACAUACAUAAAUACACCUUGUCACGAUUUAGCAUCGCGUCGAUUUGAUCAAUUUAUGAACGGUCUAACGCUCUUGAUAACAUUUCUUUUUGCUGUUAUAUUUGGGUUACAAUUGCGGACAGUUUAUUAUUCAAUUGCUGCUCAUAACCAAGAAGUAAUUAAAUCUCUGUGGGCAUUACGAGCACGAAAAAUAGCGCGCAUCAAUGAGUUGCUACCAAAAGACCGUCCAAAACAAGAUAAAAUUGAACCAGGUGUUCAUGGAUCACAUAUGAAAUUUCCUGGCUUUUUUCCUAUUACACCAUCCAUCUUACAAGUGAGACAACCAAAUUUAAGAAAUUAUCUUCAUUACGGAAUGUAA